GUGAGAGCGUUUGCGGUGGCGGAACGCUGCCGUCCUGAUGGGUCGGGAGACACUGAGAGCACCAAAGGCUAGAGGUGGAAGGCAGAAACGUGUUUUAAUGGAGUAACAACUUAAUGCCUUGGUACCUUUUAUCUCUGAAGUGUAGUUUACUAAAUUUUGCAAAGGAAAUCGAAUUCAGCCCAUACUAAGAAUGGAGUCCCAGCCCCUGCUGAGAGGGUGUAGUGCACGUAGCAAGCUCCCCAGCUGGACCUUGUUUCUGGCUGUUUGUGCUGUUGGAAUUGGAGGAACCUUUCAGUAUGGGUAUAAUGUUUCCAUCAUCAAUGCCCCCACCCAGCAUAUACACAGAUUCUUAAAUGAAACCUGGACUAAUCGUUAUCACAAGGCACUAAAUCCAGAUCUGCUGACUUUUCUUUGGUCUGUCAUCGCUUCUGCAUUUUCACUUGGGGGCCUGUGUGGAGCCCUUGUUGGAGGCAGCAUGGCAAUUUGGCUGGGCAGGAAAGGAGCUCUUUUGAUGAAUAAUAUUGUAGCAAUACUGGCCUCCAUUUUAAUGGGGAUCAGUUUUCCUACAGGAUUGUUUGAGUUGCUGAUUGUUGGAAGGUUUUUGAUUGGCAUAAAUUCAGGUGUUGGGAUCUGUGUGCAGCCUCUGUAUCUUGGGGAAGUUGCCCCAAAACAUCUCAGAGGUGGCAUGGCCAUGGGGAGUUCCAUCUUUCUGACUGGGGGGAUUCUGAUUGGACAAAUAAUUGGUUUGAGGGAAUUAUUAGGUGAAGAAAUGUAUUGGCCUCUGUUGCUAUCCAGCAGCUGUUUACCAGCAUUUGCCCAACUUCUAUUCCUGCCAUGGUUUCCUGAAAGCCCCAGAUAUCUUCUUAUCGACAGGGGUGAUGAGCUGAGCUGUGUCAAAGCUUUGAAGCGAUUUCAUGGUUCUUCAGAGUAUGGAAGGGAGAUGGAAGACAUACAGCAGGAAAGCUUUGCCUUGGAUGGGGAGAAGGCCAAGAAGCCCUGGCAGUUAUUCACUGACCGUGCUGUAAGAUGGCAGCUUAUUACUGUUAUUGUGAUGAAUAUGGGCCAGCAGCUCAGUGGGAUAAAUGCUAUUUAUUUCUAUGCAACUUACAUUUUUGAACAAGCUGGGAUCUCAGCAGAACAAAUCCCAUAUGUGACGCUUGGCACUGGAGCUUGUGAAUGCCUCACAGCCCUCACAUGUGGUUUACUGAUUGACUACGUGGGAAGAAGGUAUCUCAUCAUUGGGGGUUAUCUCCUUAUGACCCUUUGGAGCAUUGUUUUAACGCUCUCCCUGACUUACCAGGAACUGUACCCAUGGGUGCCUUAUGUGAGCAUGACAUCGAUCUUUGCCUUCAUCUUGAGCUUCGGGUUGGGGCCAGGUGGCAUAACAAAUACCCUGAUAGCUGAACUGUUCAUACAGUCAUCACGUCCUGCUGCUUACAUGAUAGGAGGGACCAUCAGUUGGGUUAGUUUCUUUACCAUUGGGAUGCUCUUCCCCUUCAUAGUGAACAGACUGAAGCAGUAUUGCUUCCUGGUGUUCUUACUGGAGUGCUCCUCCGUGGCUGCUUUCCUCUUCUUUGUAAUUCCUGAGACAAAAAACAAGUCUUUUCUGGCAAUCAAAAAGGAAUUUCACAAGCUUAAUUUUGGAAGAAAUAAAAAGGAAAUGGAGCUUUCUGAAAGAAGACAGCUCCAUGAUGGGUUUUAAAAACCUGUGGGAUUUCAUUGCUGCAGAACUUCCAUGAGGAUUAUGAAUAGCAUCUUCUAAAUUAGCUGUGCAAUGCCAUGAACAAGCAGUUUAUUCAAGCCUCCUGUGUAUUUAGAGGACAUUUAAUAAAAGGCAACUUAAAUAACUUCUUUGAAAGACUUAAGGACAUUCCUAAUCUAGUCCCACCACUGUAUCUGUACAAAGACAGACCAGCACCUGUCUGAAUUACUGCUUUUUUAACGCGUUUUAUUAGAAAGACUUCUUUCCUAAAAAAAGUACAAAUAAAAGAGAUUCUGGGGUUUGAGUUUGGGUUUAUUUUUUUGCCUUAACUAGCAUCUUAACAUUUUAAACUGAGCAGCAGGGUGAAGAUUCUAGUUUUGAAGGUCAGUUCCUGGCACACUGAGAUCACCCUCACAAAAAGCACUAGGAAGCAGAGAGGACAGCAGCUAAAUACUUUUCACCUCCACAGAUCCUUCAAGAUAGUUUAACAGAACAGAGCCAAGGAGGACACAGAGCUUGAAGGACCUGCUGAACAAGCUGUCUGCUUCAUCCCCACCAUUUUCUCCAGGGCUCUUUCUCAAAAGAAAUCACUCGUAUUUUAUCAGUCAAAAUGUAAGAAAUCCUAAUUACAUCCAGUGUUUGUGUGCUCUGUGA